GUUUCAUUUGCCCUUUUUUCGUGUAUAUAUAAUCCCUUGAGGCCGGCCGGUUUGCUCAUCUGUAAUUAGAGAGGCGUCUUGAUAAACGCCGAUCUUAAUUUCUCUCGCAUUUCCUUCCAUUUCUUCUGCAAUUUUGAAUAGCCUGCUCUUCGGUCUCAACAAAUCUCGAAGAUGAGGGAGUGCAUUUCAAUCCACAUCGGUCAAGCUGGUAUCCAGGUCGGAAAUGCCUGCUGGGAACUUUACUGCCUCGAGCAUGGUAUUCAGCCGGAUGGCAACAUGCCUGGUGACAAGACAAUUGGAGGAGGUGAUGAUGCAUUCAACACCUUCUUCAGUGAAACUGGAGCUGGCAAGCAUGUCCCGCGUGCUGUGUUUGUAGAUCUGGAGCCGACUGUCAUUGAUGAAGUUAGGACUGGAACCUACAGACAGCUUUUUCACCCCGAGCAGCUGAUCAGCGGUAAGGAGGAUGCUGCCAACAACUUUGCCCGUGGUCAUUAUACCAUUGGGAAAGAGAUUGUUGACCUCUGCCUGGAUCGCAUCCGCAAGCUUGCUGAUAACUGCACCGGUCUCCAAGGAUUUCUGGUUUUCAAUGCAGUAGGUGGAGGCACUGGUUCAGGUCUUGGAUCUCUUCUGCUUGAGCGUCUCUCUGUGGACUAUGGCAAGAAAUCCAAACUUGGUUUUACCAUUUAUCCUUCACCCCAGGUCUCCACUUCAGUGGUUGAGCCAUACAACAGUGUCCUCUCCACACACUCUCUUCUUGAGCACACUGAUGUUGCCAUUCUCCUUGACAAUGAAGCCAUUUAUGAUAUCUGCCGCCGCUCCCUUGAUAUUGAGCGCCCCACCUACACAAACUUGAACCGUCUCAUUUCACAGGUCAUCUCCUCACUCACUGCCUCACUGCGAUUUGAUGGAGCAUUGAAUGUUGAUGUUAACGAGUUCCAGACCAAUCUUGUCCCAUACCCAAGGAUCCAUUUUAUGCUUUCCUCCUAUGCCCCUGUGAUCUCAGCUGAGAAGGCCUAUCAUGAGCAACUCUCUGUUGCUGAGAUAACCAACAGUGCCUUUGAACCAUCAUCCAUGAUGGUUAAGUGUGAUCCUCGUCAUGGAAAGUACAUGGCUUGCUGUCUUAUGUUCCGUGGUGAUGUUGUUCCGAAGGAUGUAAAUGCUGCUGUUGCCACCAUCAAGACCAAGCGCACCAUUCAGUUUGUUGACUGGUGCCCUACUGGUUUCAAGUGUGGUAUCAACUACCAGCCUCCCACUGUUGUUCCUGGAGGUGACCUGGCCAAGGUGCAGCGGGCUGUGUGUAUGAUCUCCAACUCCACCAGUGUUGCUGAGGUGUUCUCCCGCAUUGACCACAAGUUUGAUCUCAUGUAUUGCAAACGUGCCUUUGUGCAUUGGUAUGUUGGUGAGGGUAUGGAAGAGGGCGAGUUCAGUGAGGCACGUGAGGAUCUGGCUGCUCUGGAGAAGGACUAUGAGGAGGUUGGGGCUGAAGGAGAGGAUGAAGAUGAAGGUGAUGAGGGAGAGGAGUACUAGAGGCUAACUGCUGUUAUAUCUGCUUGUUUGUGUGUUUAUCUUGUCCGUUGAAUUUCAAACAUGUCACUACAUGUUGCUCUUUCUUUUUAUUAUCUCAAACAAUGAAAUUCUCUAUGGAUGUUUGUUUGCUUGUUACUGGAUUGGGUUAGGGGUGUUCGAAAUUUGAAUUUCUUUGGAAUUUAAAAUCCAUCUCAAUUCCUGCACCAUUCUCAGCCCCUGGUUUUCGAAAUCAAGACAUCCUAUGGGAGCGCCAGAAAGUUCAAGACACCAUCUUUUGACUUACAAACAAUUUUUUUUCCUGAAUUUAAAAGGCAUUGGCAACUGGCAACAAACAAUAUACUCCGUAUUUCCAAACACCUCGUCAUUUGACAUAUCAUCUGAAUUUAAGAUGAUAGUCAUGAUACUCCGUAGUACUAUUGACUAUUCACAUAAAAACUAUUGAAAUAGGGACAAAUAAAACUCCAAAGCAUCACUUAAGCAAACAAUAUGCUAGAUCCAAAGAUCAAUUAUCAAAAUCUAGCAAUGAUGGAUAGCCUAUCGUUUUUGUUAGUGUUCAUGUGUCCCUGUAUCCGUCUGUACUCUAUGAGUUUUGGAACACAAGAGGAUGAUCACAGCAGUUUCC